AUUGGGUUGGAUGAUGAAAACAAGACUGCUUUGGGAACCAAAAACAGAGCUAGUGCAUGCAUCAUCGUUUUUCUUGCUAUCCUCUUCUCACAGAAAGUCAGAAGCUCUUUCAUUUCUAAAAGACUCCACAAAUUCCAAUCCAAUCCAAUCUAAGAGAGACGGGGAAUAACCAGUAGAGAUAUGGUGAGUGGUGGCAACUCAACGGUGGCUCGCGGCCGCUUGGCGGUGCUCUCAGCUCACCUUACUGCGUCGGAUUCUAUUAAUCCGCCCCAGGCUGCUGCUCUCGAAACUUCGAUUGUAUUGGCGACUGUAUUGGACCCGCCUUCAAAUCUCAAAGGCUCCUUGACGAUUGUCGAUGAGCGGACUGGUAAGAGAUAUCAAGUUCAGGUCUCCGAAGAUGGUACAAUCAAAGCCACGGAUUUGAAGAAGAUAACAACAGGAAAGAGUGAUAAAGGUCUCAAGCUGUAUGAUCCAGGCUACCUAAAUACAGCUCCAGUACGGUCAUCCAUAUCCUAUAUAGAUGGUGAUGCAGGGAUUCUUAGAUAUAGGGGUUACCCAAUUGAAGAAUUGGCUGAGAGAAGUUCCUUUCUGGAAGUGGCUUAUCUAUUGUUAUAUGGUAAUUUACCAGCUGAGAACCAAUUAGCAGACUGGGAGUUUGCUGUUUCCCAGCAUUCAGCUGUACCUGAAGGAAUCUUGAAUAUCAUACAGUCUAUGCCUCAUGAUGCUCAUCCAAUGGGUGUGCUUGUCAGUGCAUUGAGUUGUCUUUCUGUCUUCCAUCCCGAUGCCAAUCCCGCUCUUAGAGGUCAAGAUAUAUACAAAUCCAAACAAGUAAGAGAUAAACAAAUUGUUCGCAUCCUUGGGAAGGCACCAACAAUCGCUGCUGCCGCAUAUUUGAGGUUGGCAGGGAGAUCUCCUGUCCUUCCUUCCAACAAUCUUUCUUAUGCAGAAAAUUUCCUGUACAUGCUAGAUUCAUUCGGUAACAGGUCUUACAAACCCAAUGCUCGACUUGCCCGGGUACUUGACAUUCUUUUCAUAUUACAUGCUGAACACGAAAUGAACUGCUCUACAGCAGCAGCACGACAUCUUGCCUCGAGUGGUGUUGAUGUGUACACAGCUCUUUCAGGAGCAGUUGGAGCUCUGUAUGGUCCUCUUCACGGAGGAGCAAAUGAGGCUGUGCUUAAGAUGCUGGGCGAAAUUGGAAGCAUUGACAACAUUCCACAAUUUCUUGAAGGUGUGAAGAAUAGGAAACAAAAGAUGUCUGGUUUUGGACACCGUGUCUACAAAAAUUAUGAUCCUAGGGCUAGGGUCAUAAAGAAGCUUGCUGAAGAAGUCUUCUCCAUUGUUGGUAGCGAUCCAUUGAUUGAGGUGGCUGUUGCUUUAGAAAAGGCUGCCCUUUCAGAUGAGUAUUUUGUUAAGAGAAAGCUGUAUCCAAAUGUGGACUUCUAUUCUGGGUUAAUCUAUAGGGCUAUGGGAUUCCCUCCAGAGUUCUUCACUGUUCUUUUUGCUAUUCCACGAAUGGCGGGAUAUUUAUCUCACUGGCGUGAAUCCUUGGAUGAUCCCGAUACAAAGAUAAUGAGACCUGCGCAGGUAUACACCGGUGUUUGGUUGAGGCAUUAUACACCGCCCAUAGAACGUACUCCAUUGAGUGAAGAAGCGGAUAAAUUAGGUCAAGUUUCCAUUUCCAAUGCUACUAGGCGUCGCUUGGCUGGCUCUGGCUCCGGCUUCGGCUCCGGUGCCUAAAAGAAAUUGUCAUCGUCCUCUUUGGCUAACCAAUAUACGCUCAUCAUCUCUUUGGUUCUUAAUCUCUUAUAUAUCUCAUUAAUAGUAAUAAAAAACAAUAUAAACAAUAAUAGCAAUUAGUGUCAACUGGGGUGACUAAUUUGAUGCAAGAUAAAUUUGCUCUAUAUUCGUGCGAAAUAAAUGUGUUUGCCACUUGCCAGUUGAAAUGCAUUCUUUUUC